AAGGAUCAAAGUUCCUCAUAUACCAUAGCGUCGAGCCUCUUUUCGGAUCGCCCGCCGCUCGUUUUCUUCGCUGGCCCCUCCCGACAACCUCCGGGGCGCGCGCAGUUCCACUUCCGGCGUAUGAGGCGGUGACAAUGGGAGCAGCGCGGGUGGCGCCGGGAGGCAGCUGACAGGCGUUUGCGGCUUCGCUUCAUGGCAGCUCUCCCGCCCCGCCUGGGAUCUGUGGGGAGUGGGGGAGCCCGCGGCGGCCCGGAGCCAGGGUUGGCGAGCCGAGCGGAGACCUGUGCGCCGCGCCUCUGAGGCGCAGCAUGUGAAGCGGAGACGGCAUCCAGUGCGGGGCGAGCCUCUCAGCCGGCCGGGAUGGCUACCACGGCCGAGCUCUUCGAGGAGCCUUUUGUGGCAGAUGAAUAUAUUGAACGUCUUGUAUGGAGAACCCCAGGAGGAGGCUCUAGAGGUGGACCUGAGGCUUUUGAUCCUAAAAGAUUAUUAGAAGAAUUUGUAAAUCAUAUUCAGGAACUCCAGAUAAUGGAUGAAAGGAUUCAAAGGAAAGUAGAGAAACUAGAGCAACAAUGUCAGAAAGAAGCGAAAGAAUUUGCCAAGAAGGUACAAGAGCUCCAGAAAAGCAAUCAGGUUGCCUUCCAACAUUUCCAAGAACUAGAUGAGCACAUUAGCUAUGUAGCAACUAAAGUCUGUCACCUUGGAGACCAGUUAGAGGGGGUAAACACACCCAGACAACGGGCAGUGGAGGCUCAGAAAUUGAUGAAAUACUUUAAUGAGUUUCUAGAUGGAGAAUUGAAAUCUGAUGUUUUUACGAAUUCUGAAAAGAUAAAGGAAGCAGCAGACAUCAUUCAGAAGUUGCACCUAAUUGCCCAAGAGUUACCUUUUGAUAGAUUUUCAGAAGUUAAAUCCAAAAUUGCAAGUAAAUACCAUGAUUUAGAAUGCCAGCUGAUUCAGGAGUUUACCAGUGCUCAAAGAAGAGGUGAAAUCUCCAGAAUGAGAGAAGUAGCAGCAGUUUUACUUCAUUUUAAGGGUUAUUCCCAUUGUGUUGAUGUUUAUAUAAAGCAGUGCCAGGAGGGUGCUUAUUUGAGAAAUGAUAUAUUUGAAGAUGCUGCAAUACUCUGUCAACGAGUGAACAAACAAGUUGGAGAUAUCUUCAGUAAUCCAGAAACAGUCCUGGCUAAACUUAUUCAAAAUGUAUUUGAAAUCAAACUACAGAGUUUUGUGAAAGAGCAAUUAGAAGAAUGUAGGAAGUCUGAUGCAGAGCAGUAUCUCAAAAAUCUCUAUGAUCUCUAUACAAGAACCACCAAUCUUUCCAGCAAGCUGAUGGAGUUUAAUUUAGGUACUGAUAAACAGACUUUCUUGUCUAAGCUUAUCAAAUCCAUUUUCAUUUCCUAUUUGGAGAACUAUAUUGAAGUGGAGACUGGAUAUUUGAAAAGCAGAAGUGCUAUGAUCCUGCAGCGCUAUUACGAUUCAAAAAACCAUCAAAAGAGAUCCAUUGGCACAGGAGGUAUUCAGGAUUUGAAGGAGCGAAUUAGACAACGUACCAACUUACCACUUGGGCCAAGUAUCGAUACUCAUGGGGAAACUUUUCUAUCCCAAGAAGUGGUGGUUAAUCUUUUACAAGAAACCAAACAAGCCUUUGAAAGAUGUCAUAGGCUCUCUGAUCCUUCCGACUUACCAAGGAAUGCCUUCAGAAUUUUUACCAUUCUUGUGGAAUUUUUAUGUAUUGAGCAUAUUGAUUAUGCUUUGGAAACAGGACUUGCUGGAAUUCCCUCUUCAGAUUCUAGGAAUGCAAAUCUUUAUUUUUUGGAUGUUGUACAACAGGCCAAUACUAUUUUUCAUCUUUUUGACAAACAGUUUAAUGAUCACCUUAUGCCACUAAUAAGCUCUUCUCCUAAGUUAUCUGAAUGCCUUCAGAAGAAAAAAGAAAUAAUUGAACAAAUGGAGAUGAAAUUGGAUACUGGCAUUGACAGGACAUUAAAUUGUAUGAUUGGACAGAUGAAGCAUAUUUUGGCUGCAGAACAAAAGAAAACAGAUUUUAAGCCAGAAGAUGAAAACAAUGUUUUGAUUCAAUAUACUAAUGCCUGUGUAAAAGUCUGUGCUUACGUAAGAAAACAAGUGGAGAAGAUUAAAAAUUCCAUGGAUGGGAAGAAUGUGGAUACAGUUUUGAUGGAACUUGGAGUACGUUUUCAUCGACUUAUCUAUGAGCAUCUUCAACAAUAUUCCUACAGUUGUAUGGGUGGCAUGUUGGCAAUUUGUGAUGUAGCUGAAUAUAGGAAGUGUGCCAAAGACUUCAAGAUUCCAAUGGUAUUACAUCUUUUUGAUACUCUGCAUGCUCUUUGCAAUCUUCUGGUAGUUGCCCCAGAUAAUUUAAAGCAAGUCUGCUCAGGAGAACAACUUGCUAAUCUGGACAAGAAUAUACUUCACUCCUUCGUACAACUUCGUGCUGAUUAUAGAUCUGCCCGCCUUGCUCGACACUUCAGCUGAGAUUGAAUUUACAAAGGAAUUCAAUGUCAAUUCCUUUACAGAGGAAUUUCUUGUACUUCAGCAGGCCUCGGUUGAUAGAAAGCACAGGAGAUACCUUAUGACACAGCCAACAUUUUGUGAAACAGUGACUGGAACAAAACAGCAGCCAUACUUACCUUUGAGGUUUUAUUUAAAGUUUGGAUACCACUAACUAUAUUUUGCUUUUUUCCCCGUAUGUUGAAUUUUAAUUCCAUUCUUGAAUGUAGAAAUUUCAGAUUCUUUAAAACUACAUGUCACUGUUUUCAUCCUAGAAAAUGUUGCUGUCAGAAGGCAAAGGAAAUGUUACCAGUGUUUUCGGUUCUUGUACUUUUAACAUACUCCAUUUAGAAAUUUUGCCAUUCUGUUUCCCAUUAAUAAUAGGCAAAAUACAGGAAAACUACAUUUAUUAUUCCUCAGUUUUUAAUGACCUUUUCAGCAUCAAUUGUUAAUCAGGUUAUUUUAGGUUUUCGUAAAUAAUUUUUUUGCCUCUUUCAAAAGGUUAACAAUUAAGUUUACUUUCUGUAGUUGGUUGAUUGGAUUUUUUUCUGAGGGACAACAUUAAUACUAGUCCAAAAAAUGUCAUAAACUGAACUAAAAUGAUGAAAUAUUUUAUGUAGACAUUAGAAGUGGAUCAGAAUACUGCUUUCUGGGUAAAACUUAAAAGUUUACUAUUUCUUAUUUGGUAAAUAGAUUUUAAGCCAAUUCUAGUAGGAAAUUGAUAAAACUACCUUAUUUUAUAUUUCACUUAAGGUGGAGGACCUUAACUAACGGACCAUAUUUAUUCAUUAUUUUAAUAUUAUAAGGGAAGUAAAAAAAGUGAGGUAUAGUCUAAAUGGUGCAUAUAAGAAAUAUUGAUAGUGUUUAGCAACAAUGCAGCCCUUUAAGAUUUUCUGUCAUAAUGCUAAACUUGAAUAAGAUGGAAUGGCUGAAUAUGUGGUUAGUCUUUUAUUUUAAGAGGAAUUGAGAAUUGAUAGAUUUGGAGAUGAGCUGUGCAAAGAGUGGUUGCUUUUCAUGUCUAUAGGUCUGUCAUUGUCCUUUUUCAAAGCAUUUCUGAGGUUAUUCCUACUUGGAUAUAGUUAAUGGAAUUGACUUAAUUUGAUGAUGUAUUAAAUCACUUAUAAAAUUUUGAACAUCAAGUGAAAAUUUAGAAAGGCCAUUGCUAUUCUAUAAACCUUGUAAACUUGCUCUGGGAGAAUGCAUUCUAAAUUAUAUGUAAUAUUUCAGCUCCCAUUGUGUUGUUCAUAGUCUUCUAGGAACAGAUAAACUUAAGUAUUACUCACUCUUGGCAUUUUUUCUUUAAUACAGGCUUUUAAGCCUGUUUUUGGAAAACUGCUUUUCUUCUGAGAACCUUAAUCUGAAUGUCAUCAACUUUACCAAACCUUCUAAGUCCAGAGCUAACUUAGUACUGUUUAAGUUACUAUUGACUGGAUUUUCUUCAUUUUCUGUUUAGUCCAGUGUUACCAAGGUAAGCAAGGGAAUGAAGUAUACCAACUUUUUUCAAAGAAUUUUAGGACAUAUAUGACAGCUUUAGAAGGCUGUCUUGUUUUCUAGCCAAGCAAAAGCCAGAACAGGUUUUGGAUACUAGAGAAAGUCAUAUGCUUGUACUAUUGCCAUUUUAGAAAGCUCUGAUGUGAAUUCAAAUUUUACCUCUGUUACUUAAAGCCAACAAUUUUAAGGCAGUAGUUUUACUGGCCAUUUAAGCUCUUUGUACAGUGUCAAUUUGUAAAAAAGAAAAAACGAAAAAAUAUCUCAAAUAAAACAUGAGAUAACAUUUUAAGACUUCCAAAUCAGAGAAGUGCUUCAAAUUAUUUUGUUUGGAUUAAUUUUUAAAAUGUAAAGCAUACACUUGUUGCUUAGUUAUUUUGUUAAUUAUUUUCAUGCUUGAGUUCUGUGCAAUAUUUUCUAUUAUGUCCAUUGAUAGGACAGUGACAAAAUUCAUAAGUGAAUACUUAAUUUAGAAGUGUUAACAUUAAUGCUCAAUAAACAAAUUCCCUGCAGUUGUUUUUUUUAUUUCACUCUUUUUAUAUUUUAGAGCCAUCCAUCCUGAAUUUUAUAAAUGAUUUUUUAUUUAAAAAUUUAAGAUUUAAAAAAUUUUUCACAGCAUAGGUCUUCUCACUUUCUUUUUUAGCAAAAAAUACUGACUAUAUAAAUAAGACUAGAAAUUUAUCCUAAACAGAUGGUCUUUCUCUAAGGGGGAAAAAAAAAAUGUGUCAUGUGAAGCAAUAUGCAUUCUUUGUAUUCUGUUUUUUUAAGUGUUUUCAUAUUUAUAGCCAUCACAAAAUUUUGCCCAAAGUGUAUGGCUCAGAAGAGAUGAUCAAUAAGUAAAAUGUUUUUCAUUUGCACAUGGUAAAAUUUUAGGUAGAGAAUGGAGCUUUGUAUAAUUGGUAACUUUAACCAACAUUUACAUAAAUGCAAUCUUUGCAGUAUUACACAAUACCACAUGAGCUAAUAUGCAAUAUUUACAUAAUGCAUUGAAUGAAGUUGAAAAUAUGCUCUAACACACUGCAUAUUGUUUUUCUAAAAUUGAAAAAUAUCUGAAAUACAGAAUAUGAGUUUAAUAAAGGAAGCCUACCUUAUAUAAAUUAUGAUGUUGAAAAUGACAGUCAACCAGAGUAGAUGAAGUGUCCUUAUGAAGAAUUAUUAAAUUGUAGCUGGAUGGAUCUUUAGACAGAUGACCACCUGACCAUUCCAAGACAAUAUUUAAUCCCAUUUUGAGGGUUGCCAUAGUUACAAGUCCUUAGAAUCUUCCUUAUUUUAAAAAGAACUGUCGAAGUAAGUUAAAUUAAAAUCUAAUUUAAAUUAGGUUAAUUUAUAUUACAUUGUAGAUCAUUCUUUUUUUCCCCCUCUUUCACUUCUAAGUAUUUUGCUUUCUAAGUACUAGCCUUCUGGUUCACAGGGAAAUAAUUUAAUUAUCAAUCAGUAGAUUGAUUCCAAGUAGAGAAUUCACUGCUUCCCUAAAAUGCGUUUUUCUUACCUAUGAUGGUAAAUAUUUACAAGGAUCUGGAUAAAGAGAUGUUGAUUUUUGAAAUGCCACAAAACCCCUUAAAGUGGUCAAGUUCUCAAGGUAGUGGCUAAGGCAUGCUUGAACUGUGUUUGAGAGACAGCAGUUAAGUCGGUACAUAAAUCAUUGAUGACUAACAAAGCUAACAUCUGGGAGAUUAACGUUUUUUAAUGCAAAAAUAUUCUGCAUAUUACCCAUAUAUUGCUGAAUUUUACAUACAAAGCAUUUUGUGCUUUCAUUCAAUUAGUUUAACUGCAUUCAGUUUCUGUACUAUUUCUCUCUGACCUAUCCUGUAAUACAUUAUUAUGUACUUUAGAAGAAAAGAUCAGUUCAUGUUGUCAGACUGAAUAAUUCUACAUAAAGUUAAAAGUUAGGAAUUUAAAAAAUUUUACUGCAUAAUAAAGAUAAUUAUAGUUACAUGUAUUGAUUUAAGUCUCACACACUGUGCUAAUAAGUCCUUUGCAUAUAUUAUUUGAUUCUAGAGCAACCCUAGGAUUUGGGUACUAUUAUUUCCAUUUGACAGAUGAAAAACCUAAUGCAUAGAAAGGUAAGUAGACCAGUGAAGGUCUACAGCUAGUAAAAUGCUCAGAUUGAAACCUAAAUCUUUUCUCACUCACUUUUAGGUUCUAUAUGCUGUUCUCCUUACAUAACAUUAAAUAGAUCCUUUAGUUUGGUAGGUUCAUUAGUUUUGCUUAAUCGUUUCUUCCAAUAUGAGUCUUAUUGUAGCAUUUAUAUUACAGAGCUGGCAUACAGGGUCAAUAUCUAAUUUACUGUUGUGCUUUUCUUAAUAUGUUCAAUGUGUGGUCAUACUUUCUAAAUUUGAUUUUUUAAAAUUUUAUAAGUGGUCAUGAAACUUUAAUGUUAAGUUUGUACCUAAUAGAAAUAUGUCUAUCACAAAUCUUUAUUGGUAUUAUUUUAUAUAUUUUUCCAGCUUGAUAAUUUUCACAGUAGAAAGAGACCAAAUAUUUUGUACUAUAUUUUGUGACAUAGAAGUAAAUGACAACUCUACCUUGGAAGAUAUGAAGAAAUCAGUGUUUUUAUGUUCAAAAACUAUUUUAAAUGUCAUAGGCUUGCCAAUUGUGUUAACUAUUUAAUACAUUGGUAGUUUUUAAAUGACUAAUGCUGGAGUGAAAGUGUAAGGCAAAAUAUUUAGUGUAUUAACAGUAGAUAGUCAUUUUCAUGUAAUCAGAAUUGCAUGUUGAGGGUUUUAAAAGCUGUUAUAACUCUUACCUUUUAUUUCUACCACUGAUCAAUCAUUUCUCUUUACAAAUUUAGGGAAGAAACAACUGUUCAAAUGUAUAGGGGACAGAAACCUGACAUUUAGAGAAUAGAGAUUUUAAUUGCCAAAUUAGAGCAGUUAGGCUGCCCGUGGGCUUAACAAAAUUCCUAUUUUUGAACUAGACGCAAUGUGUUUUAUCAUUAUUAUUUGAUAGAUACCAUUAACCUUUGUUUUGUGUUUAAAUAUCUACUUUUGGGGGGAAAGAUGAGUAAUUAAACACACUCGCCCAUUUUCUAAGUGGUUUAGAAGGUCGCAGUCUGCCUCACCAUACAAAGCCAGUUUAAAUAGGAAUAUAUCACAUCAUACUUCAAAUAGCAGUCAACCUCAGAGGAAAGUCAUUUAUUCAGAAGGCGUAGAUUUUGCUAGACAGCAGUGAUGCAUUACAAAUAUAUAAUUAUUUGCACUAAUAUUUGAGCAGGUGGAAUGGAUUAGAACAUGGUCAACAUUAUGCUGCUGAUAACAUGUAUUUUUCUAUAUUAAUAUGUACUGUGCAACAUGUAUUAAAAUUGUCAAUAAUUCA